AUUUGUAAACACGAAAAAUAUUCAACAGUGUUAAGUAUGUUAGUUUAAGUAGCAAAUUGUAUAAGAAACAAAAUAUGUUAGACCCAACACCAAACAAACAAUUUCAGUGAUGCCAGAAUAUGUCUCCGCAUGUUGUAGCAGAAUUGUGCCGGCACCAUUUGGGCGUGUGCAGACAAGUUCAUCUAACAUGUGCUGACACGGAAGUCAGCGUUGUAAACAAACCGAAUCAGCGAAAUUUGGACCUGAGUGGACGGCAGUCAUUGUCGAGGCAAGAUGGCAGAUGGACCAAGUGCAGCAAAAAAGGCUAAAAAAGAUCUACCAAAAUGUCCAUAUGGAUCUCGUUGCUACAGGAAAAAUCCCCAGCAUUUUCUCGACAUGGAUCACGCCAAAGAUGGAGUGAAGGACACGAAACCAACAUUACCAGACUCGACGUCGCUGCCUCCAUGUCAGUAUGGAGCCAAGUGCUACCGCAAGAACCUGCUUCAUUUUGCAGAGUUUUCUCAUCCGACGAGUGUUGGUGCAGCUGCUGCUGCUGACAGUGGGAGCGACACGGAUGUAAUGGACUCUGAUGAGGAUGACAAAAAGCCUGCACCGAAGAAAGGUGGGAAGGAUAUAUUGAAUCGUGGGAUGUCCCUGGUGAAGAGCUUCUCCCAGAUGACCGAGGAUGAGCGAAAGGAGCUCAUCAAAAAGGCAUUUGAGGCCAAGCAGCAGCUGCAGAAGGAACUGGAACAGACCAAGAAGAAGGUCGAGGAGAAGGAGAAGGAGGUGAAGAGUCUGCAGGACCAGGUGAGCACAGGGUUGCUGCUGGUGGACGGGGAGAAGGAAGCUAUGAAGGGGGACAAGACGGUGUUCUUCCCCCUGGCUGCUGAGCGUGCAUACAAGGAAGGUUCAGCAGCUCAGACCCACUUCCGUCUGGCCGAGUCUCAGUUCUACAGGCUCCUCACAUCAACCUACACCACAAACGUCCGAGUUGCAAAAGUGGAGUAUGUUGUCAACCCACCUUUGGUAACACGUUUUAAGGAUGCUCGGGAACAUCUGAAGAAGACACGAGGCGAAGAUCACUCCUACCCUGUCCUUGCCUUCCAUGGCACCGUGGAAAAAAACAUUACACCUAUCUGUGAGACUGGCUUCAGGGUGCCAGGAACAGCAGGCUUCUCCCAUCGGACAGACACGGGGUGGUAUGGGAAAGGGGUGUACUUCAGUGAGUACCCCAGCUACUCAAUGGGCUAUAUUCAGGGAGCAACCAAGCUACUGCUGUGUCAGGUGCUACCAGGGAAGGUCUUUAAGUGUACAAAGCUUAUCCAUGGAGCUGCUCUGAAAACGGGUAAUGACUCUCACACUUCGCCGGAUGGGAAGGAACUCGUCAUCUUCAACAGUCACCACAUCCUCCCAUGCUACAUUGUGCACUACGAGACCAGCUCAGGGGACUUCACCUACACGAAAGGAGGGUCGUCCACUGUCACCGGUGACGCAGAAGAAGAAGAAGAAGAAGAAGAAGAUGAAGAAGAAGAUGUCACAGAGAAGUAUUAUAAAGCAUCUGGAAUGAAAGCAUCAAGUCGUUUCAAAUCCCACAACAUCCUGAUAUCCGGCACCUUGUGUGACACCCAGGCUAACAUACGCGCUCUGGUAGCCAAACAUAAAGCUGGCUUGGGCUCCAUCGGAAACAUGACGCUACUUGUGGCUGGAGAAACAGAGUUCUCUGCCAAGACCACUAAAGUGAAGAAGGCAGAGUCAAAGAAGGUUCCCAUUGUGAAGGAAGAGUAUUUGUAUGACUGCAUCAUAAAGAAGAAACUGCUGGAUGUCAAAGAUUACGCUUUUGAUUAAACAGCCGAUGUCUGCAGGUACUGUCCUGUGCAGGAACUGCUUUAUUAACACUCUGUGUGACCUUACUCCAACAAGCAGCAAUGCAGCCGGCAAUCAUAGACCAACACAAACAUACAUUUGUCAAAAUAAUUUUCUGAUGAGGGAGUAUCGUGCAAAUAUUCCAAGAAUGGACUGUCGUAUUCCUCUAAUAAGUGACCGCGCGCUUAUUAAUUCAGAAACUCUCAAGACCCAGUGCUUAAUGUUUCAAUGGAAUAAAUAUAGAUUCUCCAUUGGUAUAUUAUUUGAAACACCAUUGUAAACAUGUGGCACACCUGGUGCUUAUUUCUUGAACACGCUUAUUGGAGGCUGGCGCUUAUUAGAGACUUGGCUUAUUAGGGGAAAUAUGGUAUGUCAGUUUUUGUAAGGCACUGAAUACAACCUGAAACUGCCACUCAAUACGUUUCAUGUUUCAUGUGGAGAAUGUAUUUAAGUCAGUAGUGUUGUGUCAGUUUUGUGAUUAACAGAUAUCAAACCAAGCCUAUUUAGUUUCUUGUUUUCUGGAUUUAAAAUUCUAUUUUUAUUCAGAACGGGUACAAUCAUGCUGAAAUGAACUCUGAAUGUUUUCUUCA